AUGGCGUUACGAGACACUGCCUCGUUCCUUUCAGUGGAGCGAUAUGUUUGUUUGAGUCAUUGCUGGGGCCCCGAAGGCCCGACUCUUCAACUAACAAGCACAACUGAGAGCGACCUACGACAAGGUGUUGACUUGGACACAGUCCCUCGAACUUUCUCCGAAGCCGCAAAAGUAUGCCUGAAAAUGGGCAUUCGAUUCCUGUGGAUUGAUGCGCUCUGCAUCAUUCAAGGGAACGAGGCUGAUUGGAUGGAAGCAGCGACCACUAUGGCAAACAUGUAUGAGAAUGCUUUCUUCACGAUAGCUGCAACUGGUGCUGACAAUAGUGACGAGGGUCUUCGACCCUUCAGAGAGUAG